UAUUAUUACAAUUUUGCUUCAAGUUGCAUUAUCAUUUUUCAACCCAAGUUAAAAGGCAUUUUGCAAUUGCUUGGUCUCUUAUAUAUGCACUUUCCUGCAAAACAUCAGAAUCACCACAAAAGCAUUUGAAAAAACGGAAAAAAAAAAAAAAAAAAAUGAGAAGCAUGAGACUAUUUGUUUUACUUGCUUUCAAUGCUCUCAUGCUACUUGAAACUCAUGGUUUUACUAUUACCGAUGAAACUGAUAGGAGAGCAUUGCUUGAGUUCAAGUCUCACGUUUCUGACGACAAAAGAGCUCUCUUGUCCUCAUGGAAUCACUCUUUCCCUCUCUGCAACUGGACUGGGGUUAGAUGUGGCCGCAAACACAAGAGAGUUACUCGUUUGGAGCUGGGAGGAUUGCAAUUAGGCGGAGUGAUAUCACCAUCAAUUGGUAAUCUUUCGUUUCUCACAACACUUGAUCUCUCUGAAAACUCUUUUGGUGGUACUAUUCCUCAAGAGGUGGGAAACUUGUUUAGACUUGAAUACUUGGAUAUGAGCAAAAAUUUUCUUGGGGGAGGGAUUCCAAUCGAUUUGUACAACUGCUCUAGAUUGUGCUACCUUGGUUUAAGUUCAAAUAAUAUAGGAGAAGGUAUUUCUUCAGAAAUAGGGUCAUUGACGAAGCUUGGUCAUUUAGAUCUUUAUGAAAACAAUCUGAAAGGAAAGGUGCCUGCGUCUCUAGGAAACUUGACAUCUCUACAACGACUUUUAUUGCCACAAAACAACCUGGAAGGAGAAAUUCCGAGUGAUGUAGCUAAACUGACUCAAGUUUAUAGUCUUCAUAUAUUUGGAAACAAUUUCUCAGGUGUUUUUCCUCCUGCUUUCUACAAUUUGUCCUCACUUGAGCUCUUAGGUAUCUCUUUUAAUCAGUUCUCAGGUCGCCUGAGACCUGAUUUUGGUAUUCUGCUACCAAACCUUGAAUCGUUUAUCAUGGGAAGCAAUUUUCUCACAGGAGCCAUUCCAACAACACUCUCCAAUAUCUCCACCCUUGAAAAAUUGGAAGUGAAUGAUAACUCAUUUACGGGAAGUAUUCCUACUUUCGGAGGAACACCAAAUUUGAGAUUGUUAAAUCUUAAAACCAAUUUUCUGGGAAAUUACUCUUCUUCUGGGUAUCUUGAUUUCCUCACUUCUUUGACAAACUGCACCCAACUAGAGGAGUUAUGGAUUGGUCAGAAUAGGCUUGGGGGUGACUUCCCUAUUUCCAUCACCAAUCUAUCCACAAAACUCUUCAGUUUAGGCCUUCAAAGCAAUCACUUCUCUGGAAGAAUUCCUCAUGACAUUGGGAAUCUCAUAAGCCUACGAACACUGCUGUUACAUGAAAAUUUGUUGAUUGGACCACUCCCAGCCUCUCUUGGCAAGCUUUUAGAGUUGAGGUUUUUAAGUCUCUUUUCAAAUAGAUUAUCAAGAGAGAUACCAGCUUUUAUAGGCAACAUGACUCUGUUAGAAACACUUGAUUUGGCUAACAACAAUUUUGAAGGCAAUGUUCCUCCAAGUCUUGGUAGAUGCACCAAUUUGCUACAUUUAUAUGUUGAGUCUAAUAAUAUGUUAAAUGGGACUAUACCUCUGGAAAUUUUGCACAUUCAGGGUCUUAUUCACCUAAAUUUGUCAGAUAAUUCCUUGAUCGGCUCUUUACCAGAAGAUAUUGGACAACUUCAAAAUCUUGGUGCACUAUCACUUGGGAAUAAUAAAUUAUCUGGGAAACUUCCACAAUCCUUGGGGAAGUGUCUCACACUGGAAAAUCUUAAUCUGGAAGGAAAUUCGUUUGAUGGAGAUAUUCCAGAUAUAAAAGGGUUGGUGGGUGUUAAAGAAAUUGAUUUAUCGAACAAUAAUCUCUCUGGAAGUAUACCUGACUAUUUUGCAAAUUUUUCCAAGUUGGAGUAUCUCAAUCUGUCUUUUAACAAUUUUGAGGGAAAGGUGCCAGUGGAAGGAAUAUUUCAGAAUACUACUAUAGUUUCCAUAUCUGGAAACAAUGAACUAUGUGGAGGCAUUAAGGGAUUUCAACUAAAGUCAUGCCUCCCGCAAGCAUCACCAGUGGAGACGAAGCUUUCCUCUCGUUUAAAGAAAGUUGUAAUUGGAGUUAGCAUAUGCAUAAUUUUGCUUUUGGUGUUGUUCAUUGCUUCAGUUUCUUUGAUUUGGUUCAGAAAAAGAAAGAAGAACAAGCAGACCAAUAAUCCAACUCCUUCUAGUUUGGAAGUCUUCCAUGAUAAAAUAAGUUAUGGAGAUCUCCGCAAUGCAACAAAUGGCUUCUCUACGAGCAAUAUGGUCGGGUCAGGCAGUUUUGGUACUGUAUUUAAGGCAUUUCUCCCGACGGAGGAAAAGGUUGUUGCAGUGAAAGUUCUAAACAUGCAGAGACGUGGAGCCAUGAAGAGUUUUAUGGCAGAAUGUGAAUCUUUGAAGGACAUAAGGCAUCGUAAUCUUGUGAAACUAUUGACAGCUUGCGCUAGUAUUGAUUUCCAAGGAAAUGAAUUCAGAGCUCUCAUAUAUGAGUUCAUGCCGAACGGAAGCUUGGAUAUGUGGCUGCAUCCAAAGGAAGUGGAAGAGAUCAGUAGACCCUCAAGAACCUUAACACUGCUAGAAAGGCUUAACAUUGCCAUAGACGUGGCUUCUGUUUUGGAUUAUCUUCAUGUUCAUUCUCAUGAGCCUAUAGCUCAUUGCGAUCUUAAGCCAAGCAACGUCCUUUUAGACGAUGAUCUAACCGCCCAUGUUAGCGAUUUUGGUCUUGCUCGUCUUCUCCUCAAAUUCGACCAGGGGUCUUUCUUCAACCAACUUAGCUCGGCUGGUGUCAGAGGAACCAUCGGCUAUGCCGCACCAGAAUAUGGAACGGGUGGGCAGCCGUCAAUAUACGGAGAUGUUUAUAGCUUUGGGGUUCUUCUUUUGGAAAUGUUCACUGGAAAAAGACCGACCAAUGAGUUAUUUGGGGGGAACUUUACCUUACACAAGUACACCAAGUCGGCGUUGCCAGAAAGAGUAUUGGAGAUUGCAGACGAAUGGAUUCUUCACAUCGGUCUUAGAGUCGGCUUCCCUAUUGCUGAGUGCUUGACACUGGUUUUUGAGGUGGGACUUAGGUGUUGUGAGGAAUCUCCGAUGAACCGUUUGGCAACAAGUGAAGCAGUAAAGGAGUUAAUCUCAAUCAAAGAGAAGUUCUUCAAAACCAAAAGAACAUCCGCGCGUUGAAGUGUUCAUGCUUUGCUCUACAAACUUUGCAACCCACUUAAAAUUUCAAAUUGUGUUAUAAGAUAAUCUGUUGUUGGUUUUUUCCUCGGUCUCUGUUUCGUUUUAGACAAGAUUGAAUACUUGUGUUACUAGCUUUACAUUUUGAUUUUUGGGAUAACAAUAAAAAUGACGUAGUAGUUGUUUAUACA